AUGCCCCCAAGGGGCCCCAGGGUGACCCACCCUUGGAGCCAGCGGCCUCCCUGGGCGCACCAUUGGACUGGUCAUCCGCGCAGGUCCCUAGCCAGACACCAUCAAGAGUCGCUGCUGUACUUGUACACAGACAGGACCUGGAUGGCCUACAUUUUCUCCCUGUCCCUGGAGUCCCUGAAGUGCUUCUGCAAGAGGAACAACGAGAAGUUGCUGAGUGACAGCCACGGCGUGGAGACCACCGGGAACAUCCUGGCAGAUCCAGCCUUCUUCAAGAUCUUCACGGCCAAGGCCAUCGUGAAGCUGCAGGCUGGGAAGGCCGAGAAGGCCGCACUGUGGCGAGACCUGGUCCACAAGGUCCUGGCGUCCUACAGACAAACCCCUGGACUCACGCCCCGGGUGCUUCCACCCCCAGCCCACCCGGGACCCUCCUCUUCCUCCCGGCUGUUGGGCCCACCUCGGACGUGGACUGCAACUUCGGGCCCGUCGCUCCAGGGCGUGAGCCAGCGGACUCCGCGGGAAACGGCCUUUGCCCCGCGAGCUCUGCCUCCCCUAAAGAGGAGGAACUCGGGCCUGGACGGGGCUGCGGGCCACCGGGCUCCCGACGUUCGCGUCCCGCCUGGGGCCCGCUCAACAGGGGCGGCGCUUCUCGUGGCCCGGGGCAGCCCACGGAGAGCGCCGGCGCGGCACCAGAGGCUCGCCAAGGCGGCGGGGGCCGCAGCUCGGCAGCUUACGUCUCCUUUGCGGGAGGAUGGCGAUGCGGACGCCGUGGGUCCCGGCAGCCCCCCGCUGCUGCUCCGGGCCCUAGCUCAAGGCACGGAGAUGCCAGAGGAAUGCCCGGCUCGGCCUCCACAGUUCUCCGAGGAGACUGAUGCUCAGCUGCCGGCGCAUCGGGAGGGAAAUGUGCCGCUUCCUUGCCGGAACGAAGUUCAGCCGUCGAACCUGCCCCACGUGACUGGGAAGCCUGUGGACAUGGAGCUGACGGUGACAUCGGAGGCCAGCAGGGACACCGCGCCCGCUCCGGCCCCGCUGGAGGCCCCGGCGCCGCCUCCAGAGCGCCCCGAGGAGGCGGAGCCUGCGGCCCAGGAGGAGGCCCCAGCUGAGCCUUCUGUGGAGGCUGGGUCUUCUCCAGCCCAGCAAGAGGCCCCGGCCGAGCCUCCAGUGGAGGCUCGACCUCCCCCCAGUGAGCAGGAGCAGCCUGCCCGGCCAUCUAAGUCUCCCGGGGAGGCCAGCCCAUCUGCCAGCCAGCAGGAGGCCCCGGCUCAGCCUCCAUCGCCUGGCCUGCAAGGCGGCUCAGCUCCAUCCAAAGGGCCACCUGAGGAAUGCCCUCCCCGCCCACAGGAGAGCCCGCUUGCAUCUCAGGAGCCCCCUGGGGCUGUCGAAGCUUCCCCGGCCCAACAGGCAGUCCCUGCUCCGUCUGCAGGGCCCCCUGUGGUGGUGGGACCCUCUCCUACCCAGCAGGCGGCCUGGUCUUCGCCUCCAGAGCUCCUUGAGGGGAUGGGAGCCUCUGCAGGCCAGCAGGGGGCUUCCACUCAGCCUCCGGAGCCCCCGAAGGAGUCCCCGAAGAAGGCCGAACCUCCACGCCAGCAGGCAGUCCCAGCCCAGCCUUUGGACCUGGGGCUCACCAUCACGCCAGCACCCCCUGUGCAGGCUGAGCUGUCAACAGCCCCAACGACGAGAGAGACUUCAAAGCGCCCUGGCCAGGUUCAAACCCAGCAGGCAAACCUGAGUGUGGUCACAGCCCAACAUUUGGAACUUGCUGUAACUGCAGAACCCCCUACAGGGGUUAAACUCUCUCCCCCCAUGCGGGAGACCCCAACUCAGCCGGACCUGGGGCUCGUCGUAACCCCAGAGCCCACUACGGAGGCGGAACAUUCUAAGGCCCCGGAGAAGACUACGCUUGAACGGCCAACCCAGGAUCUGACUCGGCACCCAAUCCUGUCUACAACCAGAGGCCGACCUCUCCACGUGGUGCUCACUCAGGAUGUCACUCAGGUGCAGUCUGAAAGUGGCACCCCAAACAAGGCUUUGGCUGUGACAAAGGAGGAACAGGGCGCCACCACCAGCACCGACAUAUGCAAGCUCUGUGCCUGCAGAGAUGAGACCUUGUCCUGCGCUGAUCUCAGCCCACAGCAGAGGCUCCACCACGUGCCCGUGCUGGAGCCCGGCACCUACAACGGCACCUUCACCACCCUAAAUUUCCGAGGAAAUGCUAUCUCCUCCAUUGAAAAAAAUGCAUGGAGAGCAUACCCCUGGACUGAGAAACUAAUCCUCAGUGAAAACUCCAUAACUGAGUUACGGAAAGAUACUUUUGAAGGCCUGCUGUCUCUGCGAUAUUUAGACUUAUCCUGCAACAAAAUACAAUUUAUCGAAAGAGGGACAUUUGAAGCACUACCAUUCCUGCAGGUCGUCAAUCUGAGCUGCAAUUUACUUACAGAAGUGAGCUUUGGAGCAUUCCAGGCCUGGCACAACAUGCAGUUUUUACAAAAACUGAUUUUAAGUAAGAAUCCACUGAAGACCGUGGAUGAUCCGCACCUUUUUAGAUUACCAGCAUUAAAAUACACGGACGUGGGAGCCACACAAGUCCCAAUGAAAAUAAUUGAGAACUUCCUUAUGAUGACUCCAGAAUUGGAAAAACUGAUCCUGCCCAGCCAUGUGGCCUGCUGCCUCUGUCAGAUAAAAAUUCAGAUCGAAAUGAUCUGUAACACAGUGAAGCUACAUUGUGAGACAUGUCCGACAAGCACUACACAUUGUCUCGAAGAAACAGCAAUAAAAAACACAGAGGGAACCUUCAUGAAGGUGCUGCAAGCCCGGAAGAAGCACAUCAGCACUGAGCUCAUUAUUGAGCCAGAGACACCCUCAGACAAGAGGGUUGUCAAACAGACAGACAUCUUCAGUGAGCAGCUGGACUUCAGUGAUGAAAGCAAUGUCAUCAGUGCACUCAAUUACGUCUGGCCCUAUUUCUCACUGGGUAACCUAGAGGAUAUGGAAUCAACAUUGUCACCAUUCACUGAACUGCUUUUUUCAAAACUUUUUAAUAAAGCUAAACCCCCAUCUUUUUGGAGAAACAAUACAUCCAACAAUCCUUACAGAAAUAGAUUGAGGAGGUAUUAUAUCCUUAAAAAUUGGUUAGGUUCACUAAUGAAAAAAAAAAUGGAGGCAGUCAAAAGGAAAAUAGGAGCUGGUAUGCUGAUGCAGCCUGGCCCCUUAGGAUAUCAAAGUUUUAAACACCAAAACUCUGCAGACCACCUGAAAACUGCCCAGCCACAGGGAACCAGGCUGUCGAAGACUCAGGGUCUUAGGAAAAGGCUGCGGACCGUGGGCGUAAUCAUCAAGGGGCCCAAGGGCAUUAAGAAAAGGCAUCUCAAGGAGACCCUUAAAGAUCAUCUCAUCAGGAGGCAACAGAGCACCCAGCCAUCUGUGGAAGAUGCUGCCAUGGAAAGGAAGCGUGGGAGGCCGGCCCCAAGGGAGCCAGAAUGGUCUCUCAGGGCGCAGAGGCCCCAGAUGCUGGUGGUCCACAGAGCACCCAAGGCCAAGGUGAGUUGGAAGUUCGGGAAGGAAGGCUCAUCUGGUCAACUGAUGGUUGCCAAGAGACCCCCACUCCCUGCAGUCCGGAACCUCAUCAACUUGCCCUCGCGAGGGCUGGCGAACCCUUCCGAGGCCGACUCCACCGUGCCUGCCUUCAAUGCCAUGUCACCCGUCAGACAGACCAAUGACAUGCAGCGGGAGGUCAGCCACCCGGGGCCCGAUCUGCCCCCCAUGCCGCAGAGCUCCACGUACCCGCUGCUCUUGUCCCCAGGGGACCAGUUUGAGAGUGAGCUAAACCAGCAGCUGCAAUUCCUCAUCCCGGACAACAAUGUGCGGAGGCUUGUUUCCCACGUGAUCAGGACCCUAAAGAUGGACUGCUCCGAGAGCCGCGUGCAGCUGCCCUGUGCCAAGCUCAUCUCCCAGAUGGACCUCCUGAUGAAGCUCCUCAGCGAGCAACAGGAGGCGAAGGUGGCCGAGGCGGAGUGGGACACGGAACAAUGGAGGAACAACUACCUCAAAGAGAGCACUGAGGCCCAGAGCGAGCAGAAGGGCCAGGAGUCAGACGAGCUCACUAAAGAAGUUCCAGGAUAUGGCUAUCAUAAAAAACUAAUCGUGGCGAUAUCCGUUACUGUCAUCUUCACAAAAUUUAUUUUAAUCUUGUGUCUCAUUGAGGUAAGGACAACAAUUAACUCAGAUUUCCAGAAUGAAAUGCUGUCUUUCCUGUAGAUUCAGAACCCACAUGCUGAAAAUCAAGGCCACUUUCCCACCUACUGGCACUUGACAAUCCUCUCCAGUCCCCAAGACUAAGGAAAGCUUUGUUC